AUGGAAGCAAUUGGGCACAGGCAACCUCGAUCAUUAUACGGAGAUGCAAGUUUGUAUGAUCAAUGUGAUGGGCGUGCGAGAACCUUACACGAGAAGGAAAUGACCGUGGCAAGGACCAAGGACAAGACCACUGCUUAUUGUUCUUAUUACGAACCUCCUCCUCCUCCACGUAAAUGGUGUGGUGAGAUCACGAAAAAGCCAUCUCCUUCAUCGUCAUGGUGGAAUGAUAGAGAAAUGAAGAGAAAACGUAGAGUGGCCAAAUAUAAGCUUUUUGCAGCUCAAGGUAACCUCAAAUAUUCUCUCCAGAAAGGUUUUCGCCAUUUCAAGAGCACGUGCAAGAAGAUCGUUGCCUAG